AAACAACUCAUGCUCUUAAUGCAUUUUCCUCUUAUUUAAUCCCUUUUUUUAACCCUAAGUUUUAUUCUAUGCCCAAAUCAAACCAAAACUAUGGCCUCUGUUUAUCCUAAUUUUGCCAUUGCUUCCAUAGCUGCUCUGCUUCUUUUCAUUUCCCUUCCACCCAAAAUCCUCACACAAGUCACCCCACCAACUCCAACUAUAGCUGAUUGCACUCCAAGGCUGCUGCCAUUGACAACUUGUGCUCCGUUUGUGCAAGGCUUCGCCCCGUCACCGCCGUCAAUGUGCUGCGACAAUCUCAGGCAACUCCACCAGCAGCAACCUGCCUGUGUUUGUCUCUUGCUCAAUGGUACCACCUUGAGUUCCUUCCCAAUUAACACCACCCUCGCUCUUCAGCUCCCCGCUCUUUGUCGCCUCCAACUCGACAGAUCUUGUUCAGGGGUUCCUGAGCAAACUCAGCCUCAAGUGCCUACUACUUCACCUGCAUCUCGAGUUCCACCUGUUCCGCGAGGAGCCAGCAAUCAUUCUUCUAAUGCCACACACACCAACUCUACUUUUGUUGCUGCUUCUCCAAUGAUUCAAGUGUCACCAAGACCUAUUGUCAUGGGAAUAGGACUCGGCAGGAGCGCCGCUAUCAAGUUGAAGACAGAAGACCUCUUGGCCAUGACUCUGUUAGCUAUUCUUCUUACAAAAGCAAUUCACUAAAGAUCAUCAGUUUUCAUAUUCUAAUUUAGCCUAUUGGUUUUUUCUGUAGUAAUAGUCUAGCUAGCACCUUGGAUCUUUAUGAUUCAUUUAAAACAGCAGUAUUUUGCUGUUGUACUACU